AUGGGGUGGAACAGAAAAAAGACAGAGAAUCUUCACAAAGUCUUGGCCUGCAGAUACAUCAAAAUCUCCGAGAGGGCAAAGCUGGAAGUUGCCAGCUUCAGUGAUUUCCGCCAGAAGAAUAACAUCACUGAACAAACAGCAAAGCAGUGGGUGUGUGAUGUUCAGCAGUGGGCACUCACAGAGCCAGGGAGCACAACAGAACAGGGAGCAACAGAGGACCUCAGGGCUGAGAUAGAGAGCAUCAUAGUGGCCCUGCUACGCAAGAAGCAGGACCUCUAUCGUCAGCAUGAUAGCAACCAGACAAGACAGAGAAAAAGAAGAAAAAUAAGAGAAUUAAAAAAAAAAAUGAAACAAAAGAUCCUGCUGUACAAUGCUAGUGCAGAGGACACAAUUGACGAGGAGUUGGCCUCAAAUUUGACAGAGGACUACAUCCUGCCUUGGGAGAGACGUGAGGAUGGUCACUCCUUCAGGUUAAAACGGUCUCUUUUUGACCAAAUGAUGCUUAUUAGACGCCUUGAGGAGGAGCAGAGCAUCCUGGUGAAGGAGAUGUCUCAACACAUCACGUCUCUCCGUAAGGAGAUAAAGGGAGUGGAGAAACUGAAAGAGAACAUCAGAAUGGGCUAUUUUGGUGACAUGUCAGAGGAUGCUGCAGCUGGUUUGAAAAGUGUCCUCAUGCGGAGGUCCUCUGCACUGGAGAGUUUAUGCCAACAAGCUGUGAGCACGUAUAGUGCUAUAGUUGAUGACCUCCAGUUACAGGACACAGAAUGCAGAACGGACACUGAUGAUGAAUAUGACCUUAGUAGUCCAGAGUCAGAAGAAGAUUAG